CGUUGCGCGUCUAUGGGGCGGGGUAAGGUUCCUUUCCGGGGGUGUGCUGGUUGCCAGGGAAACCGUUGAUAGCUGCAGUUGGCGUCUAGUGCCAGGUUACUGAUAACACGGCGGCAGAGAGGACCUGUGACUGAUCAUGAGUGAAGAGGAUAGAUAUGUAUUCACAGCUGAAUGGUAUGAUCCAAAUGCUGCCCUGCAGAGGCGUUAUCAGCUCCUAUACUAUCCCAAGGAUGGAUCGGUGGAAAUGUAUGAUAUAAAGAAUCACCGUGUCUUCUUGAGACGCACAAAGUAUGACACAUUACGCAAAGAGGACUUCUACGUUGGAAAUAAAAUAAAUGUCUUUUCUCGUCAGCUUCAUCUGGUUGACUAUGGGGACCAGUACACUGCCCGUAAAGUUGGCAGUAAAAAGGAGAAGACUCUAGCUAUGAUCAAACCUGAUGCUGUUCCAAAUAUGGGCUCAAUCAUUGAAGCUGUUCUAGAUUCAGGAUUUACUAUUACCAAAGCCAAGAUGGUUCUAUUGACCCGUGCCGAAGCCAUGGACUUCUACAGUGAACAUCAAUCAAAAUCUUUUUUUAAUGACCUCAUCAAUUUCAUGACAAGUGGACCAAUAGUAGCGAUGGAAGUAAUUGGAGAUGAUGCUGUUUCUGCCUGGAGAAAAUUAUUGGGUCCAACAAACUGUAGUGUAGCACGAAGUGAAUCCCCUCAAAGUAUACGAGCUAGAUUUGGUACCGAUGGAACAAAAAAUGCAGCUCACGGCUCUGACUCCAUUGCUUCUGCUGCAAGAGAGUUAGAGUUUUUCUUUCCAUCCAGUGGAGGCCGUGGACCAAAAAACACAGCCAAAUUCACCCAGUGUACCUGCUGCAUUAUUAAACCCCAUGCAGUAUCAGAAGGCCUUACAGGAAAAAUUAUAAACCACAUACUGGAUGCGGGCUUUGAAAUAUCUGCAUUGGAAAUGUUUACCAUGGAAAAGGCCAAUGCUGAAGAAUUCUAUGAAGUUUACAAAGGAGUUGUAGCUGAGUAUACAGAAAUGGUGGUUGAACUGUGCUCUGGCCCUUGUAUAGCAAUGGAAAUACUGGCAACUGAUGCCCCAAAGUCUUUUAGGGAGUUUUGUGGACCUGCUGAUCCUGAAAUAGCACGUCAUCUACGACCUAGGACACUCCGUGCUCAGUUUGGACAAAAUAAAGUGAAAAAUGCAGUUCAUUGUACUGACCUUCCAGAAGAUGCCAUGCUAGAGGUACAAUAUUUCUUCAAGAUACUAGACAGCUGAAGCGCCACCUGAAGGAAGACACACACACAGAGGAAUUGGCUUAUUCAUUUUAUUGUCUGAUGUUUCGACUGAAAGAGCACUGUACUCCUUGCAAAUAUUACAGAUGGUUGAACAAUGUGCGCACAGUAGACAUGUAAUAAUACAUCCUAUGGGAUACUGCAUUGCAUGUUUUUAAAACUUGUUUUAAAAUAAAGAUUUAUUUUUCAACACGUGACUUUGGUUUAUUUCAUACAUUACUUUUUCUUGAAGAAAAAUAAAAUUUUACAACUGCAUAAAUAUAAAAUUCUUCCACCAUGAAAAUGGUUAAAACAUUUGUAAAGACACAGCACCAAACUGCGAUGCUUCCUGAAAAAAAAAAAAAUAAUAUAUAUAUAUAUA